AUAGUUCCGCAUUUGAAGCGUGUUCUCUGCGUGCGCUGCGUGCGGUUACAACAGUUACAAUUCGUGCGCACUCUGAAAUUUGGGUUCGCGGAGCUGGUUGUAAUCGAAGAGCUUGCAUACGCUUGGCGGGAAGCACGCGCCAUGGAAAGCGAAUACGAGAGCUCAUCGCACAUACCAGUAUCCACAACUCUUGCUGCGGCUGCAAGGCCAAACAUGGAACCACGCAUGCUUGGUGCUUUGCACAUAUUGGAAGCCGCCAACUCUUUUACGGAACUGCAAUUCCAUGAUUCACCACCAUACAGUCCAGGACCCGCAUAUGUGACCGGGGCUACAAGGUCACAAACAGACCCACAAGUGCUCGCCUUCAUGGAAAGGAUACUACAAGUGUUAAAUAGCAUAAAGCACACCCAGCAAGCCCAUUUGCAAUAUUUCAACGAGCUGCUAAGUAAUGCCGACAGUGCAGCUCCGCACCCUCAUGGCCUCCCAGACCUGCCUUUCUCGAAUGUGGCGGAUGUUCUCGCGUAUGAGGAGAACCUCGAGACAGACAGACAGCCAAGCUGAUGAU